AUGGGUCUCACCUUCUCCAAGCUCUUCGACAAAUUGUGGGGCAAGAAGGAGAUGCGAAUUCUGAUGGUUGGUCUCGAUGCCGCUGGUAAAACCACCAUUCUGUACAAGCUCAAGCUUGGUGAAAUCGUCACAACCAUUCCCACCAUCGGUUUCAACGUCGAGACCGUCGAGUACAAGAACAUUCAGUUCACGGUGUGGGAUGUCGGUGGCCAGGACAAGAUCCGUCCCCUGUGGAGACAUUACUUUCAAAACACCCAGGGCAUCAUCUUCGUCGUCGACAGCAACGAUCGUGACCGUAUCGUCGAGGCCCGCGAGGAACUCCAGCGUAUGCUCAACGAGGACGAGCUGCGCGACGCCAUCCUGCUGGUCUUUGCCAACAAGCAGGAUCUUCCAAACGCCAUGAACGCCGCCGAGAUUACCGACAAGCUUGGCCUUCACAGCUUGAGGCAACGCCCAUGGUAUAUCCAGUCCACUUGCGCUACCGCUGGUGACGGUUUGUACGAGGGUCUCGAAUGGCUUGCCACUACCCUCCGCAAGGCUGGUCACCAGUAG